UCUCAAAAAAAAAAAAAGGUUGCAGAGGCAGGGUCUCCCUGUGUUCCCCAAGCUGGUUUCAAGUUCCUUGCCUUUGCCAGUCUUCCCACCUUGGACUUUCAAAGUGUUGGGAUUACAGGUGUGGGCCACCAUGCCUGGCCCAGGAGUUAUUCUUCACACCUCUAUCCUCCAUUCAAUCCGCUAUCAGGAUAUGUCUCUUCUGUUCCUGUAAUGAAUAUGUAUGGAACCAUCUCCCCAGCAUUCUCCCCUUUAUUUUCACUUGGAAAAUGCCCUGUAUUCCCACUCAGAAGUACUUUUUCUUUGUUUUCUUUCCUCCAUUACUCCUUUAUUUUGCUAUUUUCCCCUCAGGUACAGAUAAUUGAGCCAGUCAUGCUCAUUUAUUCACACUGUCAUUAACAAGGCAUUUCUCAUUUCAUCUUUUUUCUCUUCCUUCCCUCCGCCCUUAGGUAGUCAGUCUCAUGUGUUAGCUAUAUGUCUUUGAAUAUACAUGUAUCUUUGAAUAAUAUAUAGUGUUGUUUUAUGUAUGUAUGUCUUUUAAAUGUACCUAAUUGAUAUUGUGUUUAUCUCAUUCUGUUUCUUUUUCAUAUUUAUGUAAAUACUUCUGACUACUGCAUACUGUUUUCUUAAAUGACCUCAUACCCUGGCCACUGGUCCUGGGCCAAGAUGGGCCAGAGUCCUUACCCAGAAUUUUUUGAACUGAAACUGAGAAAGAAAAUUCCCCUCCAGUGUGGAAACCAUAAAAUGUAAAACAUACGAGUUGUCAGCAGCCAUGUGCCACAGUUCCACAUAGAACCAACCGGUCUGCAGUGAAACAGAAGCCGACGUGCUGAGAACCAUGUGUGCUCAGUACUGCAUCUCCUUUGCUGAUGUUGAAAAGGCUCAUAUCAACAUUCGAGAUUCUAUCCACCUCACACCAGUGCUAACAAGCUCCAUUUUGAAUCAAGUAACAGGGCGCAAUCUUUUCUUCAAAUGUGAACUCUUCCAGAAAACAGGAUCUUUUAAGAUUCGUGGUGCUCUUAAUGCCAUCAGAAGCUUGGUUCCUGAUGCUUUAGAAGGGAAGCCCAAAGCUGUUGUUACUCACAGCAGUGGAAACCAUGGCCAGGCUCUCACCUACGCUGCCAAAUUGGAAGGGAUUCCUGCUUAUAUUGUGGUGCCCCAGACAGCUCCAGACUGUAAAAAGCUGGCAAUACAAGCCUAUGGAGCAUCAAUUGUAUACUGUGAACCUAGUGAUGAGUCCAGAGAAAACGUUGCACAAAGAGUUACAGAGCAAACAGAAGGCAUCAUGGUACAUCCAAACCAGGAGCCUGCAGUGAUAGCUGGACAAGGGACAAUUGCCCUAGAAGUGCUGAACCAGGUUCCUUUGGUGGAUGCACUGGUGGUACCUGUAGGUGGAGGAGGAAUGGUUGCUGGAAUAGCAAUUACAAUUAAGGCUCUGAAACCUAGUGUGAAGGUUUAUGCUGCUGAACCCUUGAAUGCAGAUGACUGCUACCAGUCCAAACUGAAAGGGGAACUGAUGCCCAAUGUUUAUCCUCCAGAAACCAUAGCAGAUGGUGUCAAAUCCAGCAUUGGCUGGAACACCUGGCCUAUUAUCAGGGACCUUGUGGAUGAUGUCUUCACUGUCACAGAGGAUGAAAUUAAGCAUGCAACUCAGCUGGUGUGGGAGAGGAUGAAACUACUCAUUGAACCUACAGCUGGUGUUGGAGUGGCUGCUGUGCUGUCUCAACAUUUUCAAACUGUUUCCCCAGAAGUAAAGAACAUUUGUAUUGUGCUCAGUGGUGGAAAUGUAGACUUAACCUCUGUAGCUUGGGUGAAGCAGGCUGAAAGGCCAGCUGCUUCUGUUUCUGUUUAAUUUACAAAAAAGGAAAUGGUGGGAAUCAGUGUUUUUAGAAACUGAGGACAUUUUGUUCCCUAGUCAUUGUCAACUUUUCAUCUUACCCUCUUAGUUAUCAGAUUCUUUAUGGGUAUUUCAGUAAGAUUUAAUACAGUUUUUUGGACUAAGUAGUAGAAAAACUUCCAUACUUAACUGAGACAUUUUGUCAAGGCCAAAAAAUGUCUUGCAAAAUGGGGUAGUGGACUGACAGGCCGAUGCAGAAAAUAAACUUUGCCCAUCAC